AUGCCGGAACUCAAUGUCAGAUUCCAAGGGGCACGUCGCUACGCAUCAGAGCCGUCACAUCCUUCCUGCCCAUGGUGGACAGCACCGCUUCCCUCUGAUCUUCUUUGCGCUACGGUUCGCCCCAUCACAGGAUCUGACAGUGUUCUUCUCACAGAUACUGGCCGUGCCUCUGAACCGUCCCCUCCCAACAGCCCAUCCAUCCUUCAAGCGUGGCAGACGGUUGCCGAGCUUUGCACGGACUAUUACGGGUGGGUUCCAGAUGAGAUCGAGGUUCACGGUGAGGAAGCCACCUUAGCUGAUGCUCUGUUGGAAGGUCGCCUGCGCGUGAUCAGCGAUGGACCCUUCAAGAACGAGUUAGGGACCGCGGCGGUUCAACUCUUGGUGAAGCAUGGUGGGUGCCAUUGA